CAAUAACAGGAAUUUUCUUAAUUUGCUUAUUAAUUGCAAUUUAAAUCUUUCGCAGAAAUUUUGAAAAUCAUUGUUUCUCCUCUUCCGAAAAGUGUAUAAGAUAUGUGUAAAUAUAUAUGUGAAAGUUUGAAGUUAAAAAUGGGGGAAAAAAAUUCGUAAAAAAUGAAUCAAUUGAAAAGAAAAAAGUGAUGAAUGAAAAAUAAAAAGUUGAAAAUCUUUAUUGUAAGUCAUUUUGCAUGUUAAAUUCUCCGGCCCGAUAUCCUAAAACUAGUGUCUCGCUCAGAAAGUGCACAGAAAGACAUUUUAACUUGAAUUAAAAAUUUUGCAAACUUUUUUUUGUAAUCGACGAAGAAGAAACAAAAAGUGAAAAAUUUAUUAAAUGCCGUUAACUAAAAUUGCUUAUCUUAUUAAAUAAAGCGAAGCCAUUUCACAUUUUUCCCGUUUAAAGUCGAUUAGCUUGUUAGCGGAUUAAUGUAUUAUGAAAUGGAUUAUUAAUUGAAAGCUGUUUCUCUAAAGAAUUUUUAAAAAUUGGUAAGAGUAAAGGAAAUAAAAUUAGAAAUAUGGUGAAAAGUCCAUAGGAACUUCAAAAUUGAAAAACCGUAUUCCUAAGAUAAAGCUAUGACUCUAAAUCAAGGAAAAUUUCGACCCACCAUCAGUGCUAUCGAUGAGGUAGAUGAUCGAAAUUUGAAGCUGGACGAAAAUAAACAACAAAUCGAAGGCAGCGAAACCGCGCCAUUAACUACAAAUCAACUUAAAUUAAAUAUUGAUGAAAAUCUUUCGCGUAAAGAUGGUUUGCAGAGACAAAAUGCUUGCGGUGAUAGCGAGCAGCAGGCAGAAACACCCACCUCUGGAGUAGGUGGUUCAAUAAAUGGUUUUCGAGCUUUCCUACUUCCAGGACGAGCUUCUCUUGAUGCUCUUAUGCGCUUAUCGCGUAAAAGACGUAUUCUUUAUAUAACUACCGCCUGCUUGUGUGCCGUAUUAUUAGUGAUCAUCAUACUGUUGAUUGCGUUUUGGCCUGAAGUGCCGUUUUAUCUCAGGGCUGAGUUGUGUUUAGAAAAGGAAUGUGUUCAGGCCAGUCAGCAGUUGUUGUUAUGGUCCAACAGCAGUAGAAAUCCUUGCCAUCAAACGUACGAAUGGGCCUGCGGUAAUUUUGCCCAAGAUUAUGCAGAUAAUGACUAUUUUGUCAUCAAGCGAGGAGAAUGGGAUUAUAAGACUUAUAAUGAAUUCAAAGAACUAAACGAAUUGAAUCGUUUCAUAUCGAUGCUGCCAACAUCCGCUCCCUCAUAUUCAGUAGAAUCGAUGGUUAGUAGUUUAUAUCGUUCUUGUCGAGAAAUCGAUACACUAGACAAAAGCCAAUCCGACUUGUUGGUGAGGAAAGCCAUCAAAUCAGUAGACGGCUGGCAAGCAUUCCGAGAUUCAAAUCGUUUACAAUAUUGGGAAUAUAAGAAGGCUUUAGUGCAUUUACAAGUUAUUUACGGUAUAUUCCCUUAUUACAAGGUUACCGUAGAAAAUCGCUUCAACAAGCCCCAUGAUUACAUAAUAACAUUGUCGGAGGGCGACAUAGGGUUGCCGGACAAAUAUUUCUACAAUAUCGAUCAAAAUGACGAGAUUGUCAGAGGUUAUAAACUAUUGUUGCGUGACUUUGCCAUAAAUAUGGGCAUUGUUUCACGUGAAGCUGAACUAUUUGCUGAUGAGAUUUUUCACUAUGAAAAGCGUAUAGUAAAUCAUAUUGAUUCUGUUAAAAGUUCUAAUCCAGUCGGUGAAAGGCGCUUGAAUCAAAUUAAAACCUUAGCUGAAAUGAAGACUUUAGCGCCAUCGCUCCCGAUAUUCGAGACAUUACAGGCUUUAUUUCCUCAUACAAAAAUUAAUGAGGAUACCGAAGUUCUGGUACACGAUAUCGAAGUAUUUCACGAACUAUCAACGGUUCUUUCGACUUCCGAUAAAAAACCCAUAAAUAAUUUUAUAAUAUGGUCUUUGGCACGACAUUUACUACCUCAUCUGUCCAAGGAGUACAGAAAUCUGGUAGAGAAUUUCGAUUAUACCGUAUAUGGACGCACCGCUAAUCAUCCACGAUGGAUGAUUUGUACAAAAGUUGUUAAAGAAUGGUUACCGUUCGCAGUGGACGCCCUGCAACAAAGUAAAGAAAUGCAAACGGUUUUCAGAUUGUUGCCGCUUUAUAUAAAAGAAACUAUGCGAAAUAAUAAAAGUUGGGGCAACGAUGGGUUUCUUAAGCUGGUUUAUUACAGUGUAAGAAACCAAUUACAACAAUCGAUAGAAGAGGCUCAGUGGAUACAUAAAGAUUUGGGAGAUUACAUAAAUGAUAAGUUAACUACUAUGCGCUUGCAAAUUGGAAUACCUGAAGAGGCUUUGAACAAUCGUAGCUAUAUACAGGAUUACUAUAAUGAAUUGCUUUUGAAUAAUUUAUUUUUUGUGGAGCAUUUGGAGUCCAUAUGGAGUUUUCGUAAAGCACGCAUGGAAGAGAAACUAAAGCCUUUAGAUAUUGUUGAUACAAUUAUUUCUGAAAUGUAUACCCAGGAUUAUCCACGUUCAGUAGCUUAUUCGCAAAUGUUAAACAUGAUGGUUAUAUCGCGUGGCAUAAGUAUUUCCCAGUACUAUGAUUAUCGUUAUCCGGUCGCAGUUAAUUUUGCCCGCAUCGGUUCUGAUAUUUUGGAAGCACUGAUUUCAGCGAUUUCGAUCUUCGUCGAGCAAUACAAAGCGGAGCAUGACAUUGAUUAUUUGGAUUUAUUUCAAAUGAACGAGAACUGCUUAAGCAGCGAAGAUUUCGAUAACGAUAUCGUCCGUGAAUUGUCGGUGGAUGCUUGGAGCAAUUUCUAUACUACUUUAAGUGCUGCCAGAGUUGCUGCCAAAGCUUUGAGUUCUUUCAUAACAGCAAUUGACAGCUCCAGUCCGAUAAUAGGGGCUUCCUACGAUCAAGCCACCACUUAUCAAAGUUUAAGAUUAGUAGAGCGUUUGCGCUUGCCAGGCUUGCGAUCGUAUAACGAAAAUGAACUUUUCACGUUAGCGUACAUGCAGAAACAUUGCAGUAUACCCAUAGCAGAUAAAGAUUAUGCUAGAAUUAAACCAUAUGUUGAACGAAAACUACCAGAAUCUUAUAUUUUCAAUGUUACAUGGAAACAUAUACAGUUUUUACCGUUAUCUUCCAGAUGCUCAGUACCACGUACACGCUGCCCUCACUUCCUAUAACCAUAUCAUAUGUGAAUCCCUUUCAUUAGAUAUUUUAAAAAAAGAUUCAUUCGCAAAAAUCGCUCUGUUAGAUCUGCUUUCUGUCCUUGGCACAUCACUUUUUAAAAAAGUUUUUUAUGUGAAUUUUUUAUUAUAAUAUAUGUUUCCAUAUUGUUAACUAUUCCGUACUUUUUAAAUAUGUAUUUUUUUUUUUUUUUUUUAGUUAUUAGAUGCUUUACUUUAAAUAAUUUAUUUUGUAGUAUUUAAAUUACAAAGAACCGAAGAAGAUAUUUGUAUAAGAGUAAUAAAAGAAAAAGUUAUUUCUGAACUUAGUAAUA